CGUGUGUUGUGUGUGUGUGAGAGAGAGAGAGAGAGAGAGAUUGAAAACCCCAAACCCCAAAUUUCUCUCUCCACUCAAGCAAUUCAAUCACUCAAUUUCAUAUAAACCCGCAAUUGAAAUCGAGAAAUGUCAUCUACGUUCAGCGGCGAUGAAACUGCUCCGUUCUUCGGCUUCCUCGGAGCCGCUGCUGCCCUCGUUUUCUCCUGUAUGGGAGCUGCGUAUGGAACCGCGAAAAGCGGUGUUGGCGUGGCAUCCAUGGGAGUGAUGAGGCCAGAGCUGGUAAUGAAGUCGAUUGUUCCGGUGGUUAUGGCCGGAGUUUUAGGAAUUUACGGUUUGAUUAUCGCUGUCAUUAUCAGUACCGGAAUUAACCCUAAGGCCAAGUCGUAUUACCUUUUCGAUGGUUAUGCGCACCUCUCCUCUGGUCUUGCUUGUGGUCUCGCCGGGCUUUCAGCUGGAAUGGCUAUCGGCAUCGUCGGAGAUGCUGGUGUUAGAGCAAAUGCACAACAGCCAAAACUUUUUGUUGGAAUGAUUUUGAUUCUUAUCUUUGCUGAAGCUUUAGCUUUGUAUGGGCUCAUUGUUGGUAUCAUCCUUUCAUCCCGUGCUGGCCAAUCCAGAGCAGAAUAGAGAGAGUAAUAUCCUCUCCCUUUCACGAGGUUUGUUUGGUUUGCAGCAUUUCUUAUUCUCAGGUUAGUGAUGAUAGUUCAGAAGGUGAGGCUUUAUUUCUUUGUAUGCUUUUGCACGUUUUCGCCAUAGUAUCAUCAAGCGUUUUCUGGGCUGGUUGUAAUUUUGAGGGCAAUUCUCUAUCUGGAAUAAAGCUUCGUAAAUGUUGCAAGUGCAUUUGACUAUUAUUGCUGUAUUUUACUUACAAUUAGCAUAUAAACCAUUGCAACCAGUGCCCAUUUACGUGGGUUGAUAUUCAUUCAAUUUUACUACAUAUUUAAACCAUAAUUUGUGUAUGACUAAGCAUGGAU